GAAACGUGCUCCCGCCCACCGAGCGGAUCAAGUUUGAAUGAACAACAGCAGUCUGUUCGGAGGUGGUAUUUUUGCAUUUGCGGUAAUUAUUAAAAGUGUGUAAUUGUAGCACGGACGCGCCGAUCGAGGAUGGAGAUGAAGAAGAGAAUUCAUCUAGAGUUGCGGAACCGCACUCCGUCAGACGUCAAAGAACUCGUGCUAGACAACUGUCGCUCAAAUGAAGGCAAGAUCGAGGGCCUAACAGACGAGUUUGAGGAGCUGGAAUUUUUAAGCACAAUCAAUGUCGGUCUGACAACAGUAGCUCACUUGCCCAAGCUAAAGAAACUCAAAAAGCUCGAACUCAGCGAUAAUAGGAUCUCAGGAGGUUUGGAGGUUCUGGCAGAGAAAUGUCCCAACCUCACACAUCUCAACCUCAGUGGCAACAAGAUAAAAGAUCUCAGCACAAUAGGACCACUGAAGGAGCUGGGGGCCCUGAAGAGCCUAGACUUGUUUAAUUGUGAAGUAACAAACCUGAAUGAAUACAGAGACAACGUCUUCAAGCUAUUACCGCAGCUCACUUACCUGGACGGCUACGACAAAGACGACAAAGAGGCGCCCGACUCUGACGGCGAAGUUUACGCCGAGGGACUGGAUGACGAUGAGGACGAUGAAGAGGAUGAGGAGGAGUAUGACGAAGAUGCACCACCUGGAGACGAGGAAGAUGAAGAGGGAGAUGAAGAGGAAGAGGAGAACGAAGAGGAAGAGGAGGAGGACCUCAGUGGAGAGGAGGAAGAAGAGGACGACUUAAAUGACAAAGAGGGGGAUGAUGAUGAUGAAGAGGAAGGUGAGCAAAACGACGAAGAGCGAGGCCAAAAGAGAAAAAGGGAACUGGAUGAAGAAGGGGAAGAGGACGAUGACGACUGAAAAUCUUCAGUAAGCCAAGUCGUGAACUGUUUGAAACCUGUAUCUCCCAGUCACUUCCCUACAAGCCCUUAUAUAUCUCUUUUGUUUCAUAUUGCAGGAAUAACUUGUUUUUUUUUUGGUUUUUUGUUUUUGUUUCUGGCCAGUCAGGUUUAACGGAUUACUUGGAGGAGACAGAUUUCUGUACCUUUCUUCUCCUGUGUUCCGCUUUCUGCUGUCCACUUUUAACAGCUCUGUGGACAACAGUUUUGUAAUAUCAACUUUUUUUUUGACACUUUUUUUGGUUUUCUGAGUUGAUGUAACACCACUUUGUCAUGACUUCUGUAUUUUAUGACCUCCCCAUUCAAAAAUACCAAUAAUAAGAAAAGAGUGCAUGUAUAAUACAUUUAAAAGUCAACUACUGGAAUCCAUGUAUGACUGUCCUCGUCUUGAACUUAUCUUUUUGCAUUGUACUUUAGUUUUUUUUUUUUUUAAUGUAAGUUAUGUGUUUGUAGUGUCACCCUUAUGCCAAUACUCUGCUGCCCCGGCGUGGAACUUCUGUCUGAUCAUGCACAGUGUGACCCUCACGGUGCAUCUUUUUAAAUUAUAGCAAAAAAAAAACAAAAACAAAAAAAACAUGUCUGCCCUUGUCAGAGCCGCUCCUCCUCUUUAGAACCCUCAGCUUUGAUAGUUUGGAAAUUACGUGUUCUUGUAAAUACUGACCAAAUCUAUUUUUUUGUAUUCACUUUGAUGAUGGCAGACAUUGAACAGACAACUGAGGUGAAAUUGUGAUAAAAACAAAUAAAUUCAUGCUUUAUCUUA